UGCUGCCACCCAGGGCUUAGCUACUUUGAAGGCUUUGGCUGUAGUGAGUUUUUCCUACUAGAGGCCAAAUGUCGGAGGAACACCCCGAAGAAUGCAAGGAAAUCCCCCCCGAGUGUGAGAAACACUCCCAAGAGUAUAAGGCAAGCACCCCACAGUGCGAAGACCCCCCCCAAGACUGUGGGAAGCCUGUGAAACGCAAGGCCAAGGCUCCGGAGAAGACCAGCGACUACUACCGUGUGAGCAAGGGCCUGCCGGUCAGGUUCAACAACCCAGCUUGUUUCCAGGGCUACAGGAGCCAGGAGGUCGUCUCCUUGUACAGGACGAGUAACCAGACCUACGGGAGCAGAGCACCCACUGUGCAUGAGAUGCCGACAGAAUAUUACCCAAACUCAAACAAGUUUUCCAAACACCAGGCAGCUUGCGGAAUGUUCCAGAGCAACGUUUUCAAUGUCGUCUUGGAGAAGAGCAUCGUGACGGGUCCUGACAAUUACAUCACCCCCUGUGACCGGCUCAACUUCCACCCCAGUUACAACGGCAACAGGCCGUCCUUCUGUGACUGAGGGUGACAUGCUCUGUGCCCCAGCCACUGCUCCCCAGCAGCUCUGCCCUAGUGCUUGACAAGUUCCCAAAUUGUAAACGUACACUGGCUACUUCUUUCUCUGAAAACACUGCUCUGUCUUUGCAACAGAAAAGUAUGCAAAUAGGGGCUAUAU